UCCUGAUUUUCAUCUGCUCUUGAAGACGAGCAGGAACUCUGUAUAACAGUCUUAAUCUGGAGCUUACCCUGAGACAUUCUGAAAUGGAUGCUGUUUAACUCGCAGGCGCAGGGCGACAGGCAGGGAGUUGCCUACCAAGUAGUGGCCAUUCAGUUUGGCUUCCUCAUCACCAACCCUCCCACCUCACAUCUCUAGGCAGCUCAAGCAGAGAACAAAGUCUAUCUCCCUCAACAUCAGAUGUUACAUUCAGUUGCUGAUCCAAUCUUGCCUACAGAGACGGUAAGAGGCUGGAAAAACUGGUUUAAAAAAAAACAGCCAAAUAUUAGCAAUUUUAUAUGACUCAAUCUAAUAGAAAAGGAAGAGAGACAGAGUCUCAAAAGACAGCCCCAGAAGUCAAGAGUCUAUGCUGGUUGUUUUACAGAAUGAUCCACAUUCUGAAUCUGCCCAAUUCAUCCAUGAUUAGCUUUUUCACAAGUAUUCUAACUGACUGGAGAGUGAUACCGGUAGAAUGGAAAAUCCUGUUCUCCCACAACCUUUCUCCGACUGGCUUUUCGCACCCAGUGAAGACUGCUGUCUCAUCAGUUAUUACACUGAGGAUCAUUAGUGAAGAAACACGAUGGCCACUUCAAGAUGACAAGCAUACACUGUACUAAAUUGCUUCAUUGAAAGGAAACCUACCAAAAAAAAUAUUUAAGGCCUCACCGCCAGAAGUUACAAAAUGACCAAUUCCACGACCGCACAGCCUCCAGAGGAGUCCUGCUCCCGCAACAUCCUCAUCACUCGGCAGAUCAUUCCUGUGCUGUACUUCGUGGUCUUCGUCGCAGGAACCCUGCUCAACGGCGUGUCUGGAUGGAUAUUCUUCUAUGUGGCCAGCUCCAAGAGUUUCAUCAUCUACCUUAAGAACAUUGUCAUUGCCGACUUUCUGAUGAGCCUGACCUUCCCCUUCAAGAUUCUGGCCGAUUCGGGGCUCGGGCCACGGCAGAUCGACGUGUUCGUGUGCCGGGUGUCUGCCGUGCUCUUCUAUGUCAACAUGUACGUCAGCAUCGUGUUCUUUGGGCUCAUCAGUUUUGACAGGUACUAUAAAAUUGUAAAGCCUCUUUCCACGUCCUUCGUCCAUUCAGUGAAUCACAGCAGACUCCUGUCAGUGAUGGUCUGGAUGCUCAUGCUCCUUCUGGCCGUCCCCAACAUCAUCCUGACCAACCAGAGUGCCGCAGACGGGAAGGGGACGCAUAUAAAAUGUGUGAAGCUGAAAAACGAACUGGGACUUAAGUGGCACAAAGCAUCAAACUACAUCUUUGUGGGCGUCUUCUGGACUGUGUUUUUUCUGUUGGUCAUCUUUUACACUGCCAUCACAAGGAAAAUCUUCAAGUCCCACCUUAAGUCCAGAAGGAACUCCAUUUCAGUCAAGAAGAAAUCUAGCCGCAAUAUAUUCAGCAUCGUGUUUGUGUUUUUUGUCUGUUUUGUCCCUUACCACAUUGCCAGAAUCCCCUACACGAAGAGCCAAACAGAAGCUCAUUACAGCUGCCAGUCAAAGGAAAUUCUGCUCUAUGUAAAAGAAUUCACUUUGCUACUGUCGGCUGCAAACGUAUGCCUAGAUCCUAUUAUUUAUUUCUUUCUAUGCCAGCCAUUUAGAGAAAUCUUAUGUAAGAAACUGCGCAUCCCAUUAAAAGCUCAGCAUGACUCAGAAACUUCCAAAACCAAAAGAGGAAAUGCAACGCAUGAAAGCACAGACACUCUGUGAAUUCCCACUUCCCUUCAAACAAAAUCCGUGUACACAUGCUGCAAUCUUCAGUUACAUAAGACUAAAUACGAAACAUGUCCAUGCUAAUAAGUAUCAUCUCUAGGCAUUACAAUCCAAUUUAGUAUAAUAAAAACAAACUAUAUGUUUCCCUGCUUUUUUAUAACAUUAGAGAAAAAAGUAAUUACAUGCAUUACUCCAUUUUAUUCCAUCAAAACAGAAGAUAUAAAUCACUAGCCUGGUCAGUUAAUGAAGAAAUUUAAA